AAGUGCUUUUGCGUUCAGUGAUAGGUUCGCAUUUUUCCUCCCCCCCACCUCCCUGCCUUUGAAUAUAAUUUUAGAUUUAGAGUGAAAUAAAGAGAAAAGCACUUUGGAAGCCUGGAAAGCUCUGCAGUAGCGACAGCAAAAGAGGGGGGUUGUGAGCUAUCACAUGCAAUUACAUUAAAACAAAAUUUUUGACUGUGCUCGUUGGGAAGGCGCUGGAGAACCGGCCCUCGAUUUUGCCUCCCUUACCUUUUUAAAAUUAUUAUUUAUUUCUCAACUGGCAUUUGAGGGGGAGGAGGGGAGAUUGCUUUUGCACUAGCAAAGCUCUUCAGUGCGGCUGCUGCAUGUAAUUCUAGCUCAGUGCAAUCUAGGUUAAAAGUCGUGCAACUGUAGCUAGCUAGCUAGCUGGCUGGCUGGGGUGGGGGGAGAAAAACAGGGAGGACGAUCCGGGUGCGUUUUUCGCUCGGCAGCGCUUUGCAAACACUCUCCGGUCCUCCGUCCCUUUCCCCUCCCUGGAGCGAAGGAGCAGAGGCGGCGGCUGGAAGGAGAGAGGACGCCAGAGACGGAGCGGCGGACGCAGCUGCUGCCCGCGACCCCCGGGACAAUGGUGCUGGACAAGGAGGACGGUGUGCCGAUGUUAUCUGUACAACCAAAAGGGAAACAGAAAGGCUGUGCUGGCUGCAACCGAAAGAUCAAGGACCGCUACCUUCUGAAGGCCUUGGAUAAAUAUUGGCAUGAAGAUUGUCUAAAAUGUGCCUGCUGUGACUGCCGCCUUGGAGAGGUUGGAUCAACUCUUUACACAAAAGCAAAUCUCAUUCUCUGCCGCAGAGAUUACCUGAGGCUCUUUGGUACCACCGGGAAUUGCGCUGCCUGCAGUAAACUGAUCCCUGCCUUUGAGAUGGUGAUGAGGGCCAGAGAUAAUGUUUACCAUUUGGACUGCUUUGCCUGCCAACUCUGCAACCAGAGAUUUUGUGUGGGAGACAAAUUUUUCCUGAAGAACAACAUGAUCUUGUGUCAGAUGGACUAUGAGGAAGGGCAGCUGAACGGAAGUUUUGAGUCCCAAGUUCAAUAACGAUCCCUGCUUUGCUGAAGCACUGUGGGAUGGACGUUCAGCCACACAAGCAGUGAGGGGCGUCUGUCAGCUUGCCUGCAAUAUUUUUUUAAUUCUUGGUCCAGAAAGGACUAUAUACAUUGUAGUACUUUUUUCCCGCCCCCAACACAAAGCAGUUACAAAUUUAGAUGUACAGUUGUGCCUGCUUAGCUGAGCACUGCAUUGCCUGUAUGUUUGUGAGUUUUUUGGGGUCUGGGGGAGGGCUCUGUACAGUCUGAUUUCUGUAUAUAAACUGGAACAUUUAUUUUAUGAAAAAUGUAAUGCAAUUUUAUUACUGGUGUGAAUUAAAAAUUAUGAAUGUUU